AUGGCGCUCCAGCGUGCAUACACGCAGUUUCUCGCUGCCCCCAACUCGGACGCGCUGGCUACGACGGCGUCGUUACACUACAUCACCUCCACCACGUCUCACAGUGGUUCCACAGACAUCAUCAAGCACCUCAACACCGUGCGCAACCAGAUCAAGAAGAAGAAGCAGGAUGUCCUCCAGGCCGUCGAGGGCCAGAAGGCCAUCGCCGUCGAGGUAGACACUAUCCUCGAGUUUGUCACAAGUGGUGGCCCUUACCUUCCUGGCUUGGACGACAACUUCCUUGCCGACAGGACCGUGCAGCUCCCUGUCACGCAUAUGGUCACUUUUGACGACCAGGGCAAGAUCUCGCAAAUCCGGCAAAGCUGGGAUCAAGGCGCCCUCCUCAAGCAGGUCGAUGUCAUCGGCAAGAGCGGCCGUAACUGGCCCAUCCGCGACAGCAAGGACCAGAUCAAGCUGAUCACCAAGUCGCUUGCUGCCGCCGGCGAUGUGCCGCCUCCCAGUGCUGCCGAUGCUAUGGCGCGCUCGCGCACAAACUCCACCAACAUCCUUCGAGACCCUCAUGCGUCUCUAUCGCUUUUCGGUCCUCGUGAAGAGCUUGAGAACAACCCUGCCAACGCCGUCUCCCCUUAUGCUGGCAAGCGACCUCCUCAGCGAAGCUUUGACGAUAUCCUCUCGGAGGAACACUCGGAAGAGACCCCUCGUGCGGUCGUGACUCCUUAUGCGGGAGCGAGACCACGCCAGCGAUCUUUCACCGAGAUCCUUGGCGACGAAGAGGACGAGGAGCCGGAGUCCCCCACGCGGGGUCGGCCCUCAUCGCCAACCAAGGCUAUUGCCCCCAAAGCCGGUGCCGAUAAGAAGUUCCAACCCAACCGCUUGUUUGAGAGUGAUGGCUCCGAUCCCGUAGAGGAGGACGCUCAUGAAAACAGGUCUCCCGACCGCUUCUACCGACCGCACCCCAAGAAGUUUGACCACUUUGAAUUGGCGGCCAAUCCCGAGGAUGCCCCUCAACCCGGCCAGCCCAUGGACAAAGUCAUCAAGCGCGCCAAGCAUGGAAGCCAAUGGGACUUUGAGGACUUUGUGACCCCCGCAAAGCCCAAGCCUUUGAUCAACCGCCGGGCCCAAGAUGUACGCCACUGGGGCAACACGGACGACGACGGCCACGAGUCGCCCGAGAAGAAGCCUGCCCAGCACAAGCCCAGGAAGGACGCCGAGCCGCAUUUCGAAUUUGUGGACGAUGGCGAGGAUACGGGACAACCUCGUCUGGUCUCCCGCCCGCGUGGUGCUACCCACAACUCAGGUCUUGGCCUCUACGAGAACAAGGUCACUGGCGAGGACGGCUCUGCUGACGCCGAUGCUGGCGAUGAUCGGGCUUUGGGUAACAUCACGAACCUGAAGGACCGGAGAAAGGACUUUGACUCACAUUUCAUGAUGGCCGACGACUCGCCGAAUCGCGCCGCGCAGAGCAGUGCUAAAGUGAGCGACGAUCGCAAGAAGGCGGUCAAGAUGAUGGAGGCCAAUUGGUCUGCCUACGACUCGUCUCCUGCGUCGCAGAAGGAGAACAAUCCCCGUAAGGCUCCGGCUAGGACUGGAGAAGACCGCGGCAUCAACACCCAGGGCAAUGGCAUGGGUGGCAAGAAGGGCGCCGGCCGAGGCUGGUCGAUCGGUGGCGAGAGUGACGAGGAGCCCACGCCCGCCGCACCUGCGCGGAAACAGGGCGCUGCUCACAAGGCCAGCGACUUUUGGGACUUUUAA